UGAUUUUCACUGAAGCCCACGGUGAAAGGGGAAAGUAGCAGUGCAGACAGCAAGAGUACAAGUGAGUCACGAGUUUAAACCGCGUUCUUAGCUUCGUUACAACAAGAAAACAAGAAGUAUUUUCAUAAAAAUACGAUAAACUUUGAAACUGCCCUUUGCUAAGUGCUGUUAUCGCUCGCCGGUGUUACCAGUCUGUUGGUCUCAUCAGCGCCAGUCACUCGAGGAAGUUAAUUUUUUUCCUGACCUUUUAAAAAAAUCGGACAACACAUGAGAAGUUUUAACUUGGAGGGKUGCGAAAUAAUAGUUUCCUGCAGAUGCCUCGUCAGGAGAACACCAAGGGAAGAGGGACAAAAAGACCAAAACUAGACUGGAGGUUUGUCCAGAGGUUCUGCAGCAUCCAGAGGGUCCUGUUUCCAUCAUGGACCAGUCAAAGUGUCCUGAUGUUCGGGACGCUGCUAGGUGUAACCCUAACAGAGCAGCUGAUCAUUUACCAGGUGGGUGUCCUCCCCAGUCACUUCUACAACGUGCUCGCAGACAAAGAUUACCCCGGCUUCAGGAGUCUGGUGGGAGCGGCCAUGGUGCUCAUUUUGCUGAACUCCUCACUGAAGAGUCUGGACCAGUACAUUUGCAACCAGAUGUAUGUGAGCUGGAGGAGGACGCUGACUGAGGACCUCCACUCGGCCUACUUCCAGGGCAGAGUCUAUUACAUCCUCAAUGUGCUCCGAGAGGACAUCGAUAACCCCGACCAGCGGAUCAGUCAGGAUGUGGAGAGGUUCUGUAAGCAGAUGAGCACCAUGGCUAGCCGUUUGAUCAUCUCGCCUUUCACCAUCUCCUACUACACCUACCAGUGCUUUCACAGCACCGGCUGGAUCGGUCCCGUGAGCAUCUUUGGAUACUUUGUUGUCGGAACGAUCGCCAAUAAGAUCCUGAUGGGCCCGAUCGUGUCGAUCCUGUUUGAGCAGGAGAAACUGGAGGGAGACUUCAGAUUUAAACACAUGCAAAUCCGUGUCAAUGCAGAGUCUGCAGCUUUUUACAGAGCAGGAAAAGUGGAGCACGUGAGAACGGACCGAAGGCUGCAGACGCUGCUGCAGACUCAGAAGAGUCUCAUAAACAAAGAGCUCUGGCUUUACAUUGGAGUGAACACCUUCGAUUACCUCGGAGGUUUCCUCAGCUACAUUAUAAUCGCCAUUCCCAUCUUCACCGGUGUUUAUGAUGGGCUCACUCCGGGUGAACUUAGUGCCCUCAUUAGUAAGAACGCCUUCGUGUGCAUCUACUUGAUAAAUGGCUUCACGCAGCUAAUAGACCUGUCCACGACUCUGUCAGAUGUGGCUGGUUACACCCACAGGAUCGGGGAGCUGAGGGAGGUGAUGGACGAUAUCCUACGGAAGCAGUGCGACUACGACCCUGCGUCCGGGGAGAGCUACGACUUUGACAGCGACUUUAAUGUCCAUGCAGGCCCUGUGGACACAGCCUUCGUCUUGGACCACCUCUCCUACAAAUCUCCGCUGUCAGACCAGCCUCUGGUGGAGAAUCUGAGCCUGAAAAUCAGUCAGGGGACUCAUCUGCUGGUGGUGGGGAACACGGGCACCGGGAAAACAUCGUUACUGCGAGUCCUUAACCGUCUCUGGGAAGCACACAGCGGUUUUGUUCAAAUGACCACAUGUUUCGGACCCAGAGGAACACUCUUCCUGCCACAGAAACCCUACAUGACUGAUGGCACUCUGCGGGAACAGGUGAUUUACCCACUGAAGGAUAUUUACCCUGCAUCAGGGUCAGUGGACGAUGACAGAAUUAUUCAGUUCUUGGAACUAGCUGGAGUGUCCAGCCUUCUGAAAAGGACUGGCGGUCUGGAUGAGAAGGUUGACUGGAACUGGUCCGACGUUCUGUCUCCUGGUGAAAUGCAGCGCCUCUCCUUUGCGCGGCUCUUCUACCUGCAGCCAAAAUAUGCCAUCUUAGAUGAGGCCACCAGCGCUUUGACUGAGGAGGCGGAGGCACAGCUGUACAGAACGUGCAAACAGCUGGGCAUGACUUUGGUCAGUCUGGGACACCGUAGCAGCCUGGUGAAGUACCAUGAUGUCCAGCUGAAGCUGUGUGGAGGAGGACAAUGGGAGGUGACCAAAUUAAAAGGAGCCAGAGAGGAGGCAACGUGAACUCAGUCACAUGAGAAAACACGGGAAGCAAAAAGACUCCUUUAAUUAUUCUGUGUCUUUAAGUGUUCUYGAGCGUGACGCUGUUAGCCCAGUUGAGCAUUCGGAGGCUAAAGAGCCCCUUCUGUUUCUAAGCUUUUAUGUUCCGAGUCAUCGUUCAAAAUAAGAAGUGGAAAUUUUUCAGUUUUGAUAUGUUUAUUAUUGUGAAAUAGCCUUUUAUUGCCUUAUGUUCAAAUGGUCUGGUGUUAAUUUGAGUUUAAAAAAACAAUCUUCUUUGAUAAAAUUCUAUUAAAAAACCAAAGUACAUCUGUGCAUUUCACAGUUUAAGGGCAAAUUAAUCUCAUAGUGUUCAGAUAGUCACUAAAAAAGGUUUUUUUUUAAGGCACAGGUUGGGUUAAUUAAAAUGCAGCAAUAUGAAAUGUGGUAAUCUUCAUAGUUUUGAUUAGAUUGGAAUGUUUUGUUUCUAAGGCUCGUCAUUUUCUUAAGAGCUUUUCGUGGCCUUGAA